CAGUGUGUUUUUGACGUCCGUGCACGCUGUCGUGGAUCUCGGAGCGCCCUGAGAUACUUUUAUUAAUAGUUUCAUUCGAGUGAAGUCGAGUGUCGUUCGUGACCGCCGUGUUUACUCCGCGUACCAUUAAAAUGAGCAUUGCCGAUUUAAUCCAAGCCGCCGAAUUCAUCGAACGCCGUGACCGAGUUUUGUUCAUUGCAGACGCGGAACACGGUUACGCCUCGGCGUUACCUAUAUACGAAGAUCCCAAGCCGGGGGGGAGACGUCCGAAGACGAAAAAAUCGCAGGGAAGCAGGACUACACAUAACGAAUUAGAAAAGAACAGGUAUGUCGUGAUGUUUGUUAUUUGUGUGGUGUUUUAAACGGGGCGGGAUGGC